AGCCCCUGUAUAUUGUCAGAUGCAUGGCUUUCGGUCCAGGGAAACCGCAAUUUAUAUAUGGGUUCAACGUGGGACUGGCAAUCAAGUAAUUCUUCACCAAAUGUCUCAGCAGAUGAAGCUUCAAAAGCUCUUCAGGAACUUCUACCAAAGGCAUCUACUGUCUAUCCGGAAAUAAUAGACUGGAAUUUUAUUGCAGCAAGGGCAGGUUUGAGGGCAAUGCCUCCACUCACUCCCCAUGGAUCACUUCCGCUUUUGGGUUGUGUUAAUGAUUUUCUGAGUGAAAAGCCUACUUGUCAAUACUGGUUAUUAGGAGGACUUGGUUCAAGGGGUUUAUUGUACCAUGGUUGGCUUGGUAAGUUGACAGCAAAGGCCGUGCUUUCUUGUAAUGAACAAAUAAUCCCGGUUGAACUUACCUCUUGGAAAAAUAUGAAAUAAUUGUUAUUUUUUGAGUUCAAUUUGAGCAUCGAAGGGUACCCUUGUGCUAAAUGAAUACAAAUAAAUGCAUUUUUCUUUG